GCCGCUGUGAGGCGCGGCGGCGGCGGCGGCGAGCGAGCGCGGGGCCGCGGAGCCGUGAGCGAGCGAGCGAGAGGCCGGACCCGCCAGGCCCGGCCCGACCGCCGCCCGCGAUGCGCCCGGCGCCCGCGCGAGCUGACGCGCGGCCCCGCGAGACCCCGCCGGCCCCGGAGGAAGCGCCGCGCCGCCUGCCCAGCGCCCGCGCCGCCCGGCACGAUGGCGGGGAAGGCGGCCGCCCCGGCCGCGGUCCUGCUGGUCACGGCCAACGUGGGCUCGCUCUUCGACGACCCCGAAAACCUACAGAAGAAUUGGCUUCGGGAAUUUUACCAGGUGGUGCACACGCACAAGCCGCACUUCAUGGCCUUGCACUGCCAGGAGUUUGGAGGGAAGAACUACGAGGCCUCCAUGUCCCACGUGGACAAGUUUGUCAAAGAACUGCUGUCGAGUGAUGCGAUGAAGGAGUACAACAGGGCCCGAGUCUACCUGGACGAAAACUACAAGUCCCAGGAGCAUUUCACGGCACUAGGAAGCUUUUAUUUUCUUCAUGAGUCCUUAAAAAACAUCUACCAGUUUGACUUUAAAGCCAAGAAGUACAAAAAGGUGACCGGCAAAGAGAUCUACUCGGACACGCUGGAGAGCACGCCCAUGCUGGAGAAGGAGAAGUUCCCGCAGGACUACUUCCCCGAGUGCAAGUGGUCGAGGAAAGGCUUCAUCCGGACGCGGUGGUGCCUCGCUGACUGUGCCUUCGACCUGGUGAACAUCCAUCUCUUCCACGAUGCGUCCAACUUGGUCGCCUGGGAGACGAGCCCUUCGGUGUACUCGGGCAUCCGACACAAGGCCCUGGGCUACGUGCUGGACAGAAUCAUCGACCAGCGGUUCGAGAAAGCGUCCUACUUUGUGUUCGGCGAUUUCAACUUCCGGCUGGACGCCAAGUCUGUCGUGGAGGUAGGUGCCACGUCCCCCCCUCAGCCAGGCCUUGCGCCCACUGUCUGUGCUGAGAAAACUGAGAGAAGGGACGUCAUCCUUCCAGGCGUUUCUGCUCUCUUCUGCCUCACUGGUUAUGGUUUUUAAGGCAAAAACACCUGA